AUGCGAGACAGGCACAUACACUGGACCAUUCACCUGCCUGUAGCCGGCGUCCAGUUGGGCAACGCUCUCUUUCUGACCGCUCUGCCAAUGAUAGUGAAGCAGAGGUUUACCAAUGGCUCAGCUCUCAACUCCACAACCUCGGACCACGACUGGCAGACUUCAGUGUCCAGCUUCUACAUGUACUACGAGAUCUUCAGCCAGCUUAUUCCGAUCUUCCCAGGUUUGAUCCUGGCCUGGCUGGGGGACCUGGGCUGGAGGAAGACCCCCAUCAUCGUACCGCUGGUGGGCUUCAUGCUGUCCAGGCUGGUGAUGCUUCUGACUCUGACACUAGAGUGGCCUCUGGAGGUAGUUUGGGCGGAGAUGACCGUUUUAGGAAUCAGUGGCGGGUUCUCCGUGUUCUGGAGCAGCACCCUGACCUUGCUGACGCUCAGUUCCGCUGAGCAGGACCGGUCCAAACUCAUGAUGAGGCUAGAGCUGACCAGCGGGGUCUCUGGUGUGGUUGGCUGUGUGGUGUCGGGGCACUUGUUUGACGUCACAUUUGGGGGGUUAAAACCGGGAGUCCUGACCAUGGCGGUGUGUUUGCUGCUCUACGUGCUCUGUAUACUCCACGUCCUCCUCGUCCUCCAGACCGAACAGCCGAGGAGCUGCAAGAGUCUGAAGGACCUGGACACCAGGAGCACAUGUGACCAGCGGAGGCAGAUGGUGAACAUCUUGCUUCUGUGGACAUCUGGAAUCCUCUACACUUCUGCGGUGUCCGCUGCCAAAGAUAUCCUGGUUUUGUUCCUGCUGAUGGAACCUCUUCACUGGAGCGUGACGCAGGUGGGCUAUGGGAACGCCUUGGGCUUCCUCGUGAUUGUCACCAGUUUCCUCAGCAUCACGGUCAUGUCAGGCCGGUUCAGCGACCUCAACCUCAUCACCGUCGGCAUGUUGUCCUACGUGGCCGGCAUGUCAUGCAUGGCCUUCACCACGACGUCCUAUAUGUUCUACAUAGCUCGAGCCCUGACUCUCUUCUCACUCAUGCCCACACCCAUCAUACGCUCCUUGCUCUCUCAGCAAGUGCAUGGUUCUUCAUAUGGCAUUGUCCUCACGUCCUUACAGCUGUCUGUGAAGGCAACCACAGUCAUCUCCAACCUGCUCUACAACCAGAUCUACCAGAACACGCUCAACUGGUUUCCAGGCUUGGUCUUCAUCAUCACCAGCAUCAUUGCUGUCGUGGCCAUCAUACCGAUAAGAAUACUGGUGAGUCAGCUGGAUCCAGACCCCUGCCCCGAACAGGGCGACCAGAAGAGCAACGAUGAAGACCUGCUUCCUCUGAUCACCUCCUGCAGUGAAAGUUUGAAGACUAUAGAUGAAUAACAUGAAACCUUUUGUGAAAAAUUGUAAAUUGAUAUCACAUAGUUCAUGUCUACAUUUUUUUGGCCUUAAGAAAUGACGUAUGAAAAAGAAAAUGUAUUUUUAAACUCUUGAAUCACAGUAUGACCGGCAGAAUAUGGAUGCCACUCUCCUUACUGCAGUGCAUAAGACUGGUGGUUGAAAUCCUAGAAGGAGCACAACAGCUGCUCUCAACAGUUAUUCAAGUCUAUUAAUAAUGAACUUGAAUCUACACCAUAUGUACAGCAGGUUUGCUAGUCAUCCAGUCAUAGUUAUGAUGAUUUAUAACAAAAAUAUUAAUUUAAAAUACCAUUAUUAUUCAUCAACUAAUAUGUUUCCUUAAAUAUCUAAUACAUUUAAUUCUUAAUUUUUCGCCAUUCAGAAUAUUUUUGAGUAUUUGUCAGAAUGAAAUGUGAUUUUUUUUUUUUUACAGUGUUUUCACUCGCCUGUCAGUAGAGCAGCAUGAAUUCACACAGACAAAACAAAACACACUUUGCUGAGCAUGAACCCCAAAAUGGCUUUGUCACUCGACUCCUUUCCAGUGUCUCUGUUCUGUUGAUGAUCCAAUGUUUUUGAUGUAUUUAUUAAUUUAUUUAUACCAAAAU